AUGCAAUAUUCGUUGAGUGAACGAACGUGGCAUUACUUCUGUCCCACAAUUUACUUUCUCCCCAAUCUGUCCCAAGGAGACUGGACUUUGUGUGCUAAAAGUCCAACAGACUACGGCCGCUCAUUUGAAGAGGGAGAUAAGCAAGAAAAGCUUUAUCUUAAAAGUUGUCAACAUGAAACAGUCUAUAAUUUGGCGCCUCAAGACUUUUAUGAAAAUGGACGAAGACAAAAUACUCGAACAGAAUAUGUACUAUGUAUUGACAACAACCCAAAUGUCAAGACUAAGGUUAAUUUAGUUUCUAUAAGCAGUCUUUGUAAGUCUCCACUAGCUACAUGUCGGACAUUAAAAUGUGAUGUGAAAAUUUGUUUGGCAACACCUUUUCAGGUGAUAGAUGGUCAAUUUAAAUCUACUUUAAAGGUGAGAGGCGAUUUGAUAUUUGCCACUUUAUUUUAUGUUUGUAUCUUACAACUUUACUCAAGAAAUGGGGCACCGUUAAUGAAUCCAACACCCUUAGCCACCAAUAGUUGUAUCACAUGGAUAGCCAAUGACGUUUCGAAAACAAAAUUAUUCGGCAGAAGGUAUAUACUGCUUGCUUCUCGACUCACGAUGAUUUUAGUAUUGAAAUACUUGGGCACUGAUUUUUUAAAAUGUUGGAUUUUGAGCUAUGAUUGUUGGCUGCAAACUCAGAAAGGUUGUAUGUUGAACAUUUUCUUUGAAUGGGAAGCAUUGCCAUUUGUUUUUGUCAAAACUAAGUUAAACUUUGUUUUAACUUCUUUGAAGCAAAUAAAAGAUAUUUUGGAUAAUUCAAGGUCUAGAAAACUCUUUGCUUUCAAGUUGUUAAGUACUCUGUUUGAAUUAGGAUUAUUCCAUUCAAACAGUUUUUUGAUUAUUUUAAUGCGUAUUUUUGCUACAUUUCAUCACACCACUUUGUUGGCAGCACGGUCAAGAAUAAGUGCGCGCUUGAGACACAACAUUCCCUUCUCAGUUAGUGUAAACAUGCAUAAAUGCAUUGUUUUCCCAUCACUCCCCCUUAAUAUUCCUGGAAAUCCUAACUACUCAGCUAGUGAUUUUAAACGCUUUCCUCCUAGUAAGUGUAUUCUAAAAAGUUUAGAAGGGGGUGGAAAGAAUCUUAGCAAGCGUAAAGGCGAAAACUUAUUAUAUGAUAAUUCUAAAAUAGGUCUACAAACUGGAACUGGUUUGCCUGAAAACUCCGGUCAAACCAUUAUGUUGGGAGAGUAUUCAAUCAUUAAAACAAAGAAAGGUGUAUUUGAUUUUCUAUUUAUAAGACGUAAUCCUCCAAGUUCUUGUAAAACUUCACAAAAAUAA